CUCUUUUUCCGCCAAGAUGGAGGCGGCGCGCGGCGAGACCCUCCCGGGGCGCGCGGGCUGAGGCGGCCCCUCCCUCCCUGCCCGCCUGCCCGCCGGGGCGAUCGUGGUCGCGGCGUCUCCGACGGGGGCUGGAGGCUUCUCCUCCUCCUCCUCCUCCUCCUCCUGGCCGCCCUUGCGAGGGGCUCCUCCGCCCCCCCCCUUCCCGGCUCCUGCCGCCGCCGCCGCCGGAUGGGUCUGCCGGGCGGGGGUCCGGCGGGGAGGUGAGCAGCCCUCCCUCCCCCCCUGCGUCCCUCCCUCCGCCCGAGGCCCUCCCGGAGCAGCCAUGAACAGCGGCGGCGGCUCCUCCUCCUCCUCCUGCUCCGCGGCCGCCGCCUCGUCUUCCUCGCCCAGCGGCAGCGCGGCCGGCGGCGAAGGGGCGGAGGACGCGGCCAAAGACUCCGCAGACAUCGCCGCCUUCUUCCGAGCCGGAUUUCGGAAAAAUGAUGAAAUGAAAGCGAUGGAAGUCUUGCCAAUCUUAAAGGAGAAAGUUGCAUACCUUUCAGGUGGGAGAGAUAAGCGUGGAGGCCCCAUUCUAACAUUUCCGGCUCGUAGCAAUCAUGAUAGAAUACGACAAGAGGACCUGAGGAGGCUGAUUUCAUACCUAGCUUGUAUUCCUAGUGAAGAAGUAUGUAAAAGAGGUUUCACCGUUAUUGUAGAUAUGCGUGGAUCUAAAUGGGACUCUAUUAAGCCACUUUUGAAGAUCUUACAGGAGUCCUUUCCCUGUUGCAUUCAUGUUGCACUGAUAAUCAAGCCUGACAACUUUUGGCAGAAACAGCGGACUAACUUUGGAAGCUCCAAGUUUGAAUUUGAGACAAACAUGGUGUCUCUGGAAGGUCUUACCAAAGUUGUCGACCCUUCUCAGUUAACUCCGGAAUUUGAUGGCUGCUUGGAAUAUAACCACGAGGAAUGGAUAGAAAUCAGAGUUGCCUUUGAGGAUUACAUCAGCAAUGCCACCCACAUGCUGUCCCGGCUGGAGGAACUGCAGGACAUCCUGGCCAAGAAGGACUUGCCUCAGGACUUGGAGGCAGCUCGGAGCAUGAUUGAGGAGCAUUCGCAGCUGAAGAAGAAGGUCAUCAAGGCCCCCAUUGAGGACCUGGACUUGGAAGGGCAGAAGCUGCUGCAGAGGAUACAGAGCAGUGAGACUUUCCCCAAAAAGAACUCCGGGUCCGGGAAUGCGGAUUUGCAGAACCUCCUGCCCAAAGUGUCGGCCAUGUUGGACAGGCUGCACUCGACACGGCAGCAUCUGCAUCAGAUGUGGCACGUGCGGAAGUUGAAACUUGACCAAUGCUUUCAGCUCAGACUUUUUGAACAAGAUGCAGAAAAGAUGUUCGACUGGAUCACACACAACAAAGGCCUGUUUCUGAAUAGCUACACAGAGAUCGGAGCCAGUCACCCUCAUGCAAUGGAGCUCCAGACGCAGCACAAUCAUUUUGCUAUGAACUGUAUGAAUGUUUAUGUGAACAUCAAUCGCAUCAUGUCUGUUGCCAACCGCUUGGUGGAAUCGGGCCACUACGCGUCACAGCAGAUCAAGCAGAUUGCCAGCCAACUGGAGCAGGAGUGGAAAGCCUUUGCUGCAGCCCUGGAUGAACGCAGCACCCUGCUGGAUAUGUCUGCCAUUUUCCACCAGAAAGCAGAGCAGUAUAUGAGUAAUGUGGACUCCUGGUGCAAGGCCUGUGGUGAGGUAGAGCUUCCCUCUGAACUGCAGGAUUUGGAAGAUGCAAUCCAUCAUCACCAAGGCAUAUAUGAACAUAUCACCCUGGCAUAUUCUGAGGUAAGCCAGGAUGGGAAGUCCCUGCUUGACAAAUUGCAACGGCCUUUGACUCCUGGAAGUUCUGACUCCUUAACAGCUUCUGCCAACUACUCCAAGGCGGUACACCAUGUCCUAGAUAUUAUUCAUGAAGUUCUUCAUCACCAGAGGCAACUGGAGAACAUCUGGCAGCAUCGGAAGGUUCGCUUGCAUCAACGCCUUCAGCUGUGCGUCUUUCAACAGGAUGUUCAACAGGUGCUGGAUUGGAUUGAAAACCAUGGGGAAGCUUUCCUUAGCAAACACACGGGGGUUGGAAAGUCCCUACAUCGAGCCAGAGCACUGCAGAAGCGCCAUGAAGACUUCGAAGAAGUGGCUCAGAAUACCUACACCAAUGCAGACAAAUUACUAGAAGCUGCUGAACAGCUGGCACAGACAGGAGAGUGUGACCCUGAAGAGAUCUAUCAAGCAGCCCAUCAGCUGGAAGACCGGAUACAGGACUUCGUUAGGCGUGUAGAGCAGCGGAAGAUCCUGCUAGACAUGUCUGUAUCCUUUCACACUCACGUCAAAGAGCUGUGGACGUGGCUGGAAGAGCUGCAGAAAGAACUGCUGGACGACGUCUACGCUGAGUCCGUGGAGGCCGUGCAGGAGCUGAUCAAAAGGUUUGGCCAGCAGCAGCAGACCACUCUUCAGGUGACGGUGAAUGUCAUCAAGGAAGGGGAGGACCUGAUCCAGCAGCUGAGGGAUUCUGCAAUCUCAAGUAACAAGACUCCCCAUAACAGCUCCAUCAAUCACAUCGAGACUGUCCUUCAACAGCUGGACGAAGCCCAGUCACAAAUGGAGGAGCUUUUCCAGGAGCGCAAAAUCAAACUGGAGCUCUUCUUACAGUUGCGAAUAUUUGAGAGAGACGCCAUUGAUAUCAUUUCAGACCUUGAAUCCUGGAAUGAUGAGCUAUCUCAGCAAAUGAACGAUUUUGACACUGAGGACCUCACCAUUGCUGAGCAGCGGCUCCAGCAUCACGCAGACAAAGCCCUGACUAUGAAUAACCUGACCUUUGACGUGAUCCACCAAGGGCAGGAUCUCCUUCAGUACGUCAACGAAGUUCAAGCCUCUGGUGUGGAACUUCUUUGUGACAGAGAUGUGGACAUGGCGACUCGCGUGCAGGACUUGCUGGAGUUCCUUCAUGAGAAGCAGCAGGAGCUUGACUUGGCAGCUGAGCAACAUCGAAAACACCUGGAGCAGUGUGUGCAACUGCGCCACCUUCAGGCCGAAGUCAAGCAGGUACUGGGUUGGAUCCGAAAUGGGGAGUCCAUGUUAAAUGCUGGCCUCAUCACUGCUAGCUCACUGCAGGAGGCCGAGCAGCUGCAGCGCGAACACGAGCAGUUCCAGCACGCGAUUGAGAAAACACAUCAGAGUGCACUGCAGGUGCAGCAGAAAGCGGAGGCGAUGUUGCAGGCUAAUCAUUACGACAUGGACAUGAUCCGCGACUGUGCUGAGAAGGUGGCCUCUCACUGGCAGCAGCUGAUGCUCAAGAUGGAGGACCGCCUCAAGCUCGUGAAUGCGUCGGUGGCCUUUUACAAAACGUCCGAGCAGGUAUGCAGCGUGCUGGAAAGCCUGGAGCAAGAAUAUAAGCGGGAAGAAGACUGGUGUGGAGGAGCUGACAAAUUAGGGCCCAACUCGGAAACGGAUCACGUGACUCCUAUGAUUAGCAAGCACCUUGAGCAAAAAGAGGCAUUUUUAAAGGCGUGCACGCUGGCCCGGCGGAAUGCUGACGUCUUCCUGAAGUAUCUACACCGGAAUAGUGUGAAUAUGCCAGGGAUGGUGACCCACAUCAAGGCCCCUGAACAACAGGUCAAAAAUAUCCUCAACGAACUCUUCCAGAGGGAAAACCGUGUCCUGCACUACUGGACAAUGAGGAAAAGACGCCUGGACCAGUGUCAACAAUAUGUGGUCUUUGAGAGAAGUGCAAAACAGGCCCUUGAAUGGAUCCAUGACAAUGGGGAAUUUUACUUAUCCACCCACACUUCCACUGGUUCCAGUAUCCAGCAUACUCAAGAACUAUUGAAAGAGCAUGAAGAAUUCCAGAUCACUGCAAAGCAAACCAAAGAGAGGGUGAAGCUCUUGAUACAGCUAGCAGAUGGCUUUUGUGAAAAGGGGCAUGCCCAUGCUGCAGAGAUUAAAAAAUGUGUCACAGCCGUGGACAAAAGGUACCGAGACUUCUCUCUGCGCAUGGAAAAAUAUAGGACCUCUUUAGAGAAAGCUCUGGGGAUCUCUUCGGAUUCCAAUAAAUCGAGUAAAAGCCUGCAGCUAGAUAUAAUCCCAGCCAGUGUGCCUGGGUCCGAGGUAAAAUUGAGAGAUGCUGCUCAUGAACUUAAUGAGGAAAAGAGGAAAUCUGCCCGCAGGAAAGAGUUCAUUAUGGCUGAGCUCAUUCAGACGGAAAAGGCUUACGUAAGAGACCUUCGGGAGUGCAUGGAUACCUACCUGUGGGAAAUGACGAGUGGCGUCGAGGAGAUCCCCCCUGGCAUUGUGAACAAAGAGCAUAUUAUCUUUGGGAACAUGCAAGAGAUUUAUGAGUUCCACAAUAAUAUAUUUUUGAAAGAGCUCGAGAAGUAUGAGCAGCUACCUGAAGAUGUUGGGCACUGUUUUGUUACUUGGGCGGACAAGUUCCAAAUGUAUGUGACAUACUGCAAAAACAAGCCGGAUUCCACCCAGUUGAUACUGGAGCAUGCGGGUGCUUAUUUUGAUGAAAUACAGCAACGGCAUGGGCUAGCCAAUUCGAUCUCCUCUUAUCUUAUCAAACCUGUUCAGCGGAUCACAAAAUAUCAGCUGCUACUAAAGGAGCUCCUCACUUGCUGCGAAGAAGGUAAAGGUGAGAUCAAAGAUGGCCUGGAGGUGAUGCUCAGUGUGCCAAAGCGAGCCAACGAUGCCAUGCAUCUCAGCAUGCUGGAAGGUUUUGAUGAGAACAUUGAAUCUCAGGGAGAGCUCAUCCUUCAGGAAUCCUUCCAAGUGUGGGACCCUAAGACACUCAUUCGGAAGGGUCGCGAGAGGCAUCUUUUCCUCUUUGAGAUGUCCCUGGUCUUCAGCAAAGAAGUGAAAGACUCAUGUGGAAGAAGCAAGUACAUCUAUAAAAGCAAAUUAUUUACCUCAGAGUUGGGUGUCACAGAGCACGUAGAAGGAGAUCCUUGCAAAUUUGCACUGUGGGUUGGAAGAACCCCUACUUCAGACAACAAAAUUGUGCUAAAGGCUUCCAGUAUUGAGAACAAACAGGACUGGAUCAAGCACAUCCGAGAGGUCAUCCAGGAAAGAACCAUUCAUCUCAAAGGAGCCUUGAAGGAGCCCAUUCACAUCCCCAAAACUGCACCUUCCACAAAACAGAAGGGAAGAAGAGACGGAGAGGACUUGGAUAGCCAAGGAGAUGGCAGUAGUCAGCCUGAUACGAUAUCAAUUGCAUCACGGACAUCCCAGAAUACCCUAGACAGUGAUAAGUUGUCCGGUGGGUGUGAGUUGACAGUGGUCAUCCAUGAUUUCACGGCAUGCAACAACAAUGAACUGACAAUCCGUCGUGGCCAGACAGUGGAGGUCUUAGAGAGGCCACAUGACAAGCCUGACUGGUGCCUCGUCCGAACCACUGACCGGUCCCCGGCUGCGGAAGGGCUGGUCCCUUGUGGGUCUCUUUGCAUCGCCCACUCCAGAAGCAGCAUGGAGAUGGAAGGCAUCUUUAACCACAAAGAUUCCCUUUCAGUUUCCAGCAACGAUGCCAGCCCUCCUGCUUCAGUGACAUCACUUCAGCCCCACACGAUUGGUGCCCAGAGCUCACCGGGCCCCAAACGCCCAGGCAACACUCUGAGGAAAUGGCUCACAAGCCCCGUCAGGCGACUCAGUAGUGGCAAGGCAGAUGGCCACGUGAAGAAGCUCGCGCACAAGCACAAGAAGAGUCGGGAGGUCCGCAAGAGUGCCGAUGCUGGUUCUCAGAAGGACUCAGAUGACAGUGCUGCUACACCGCAGGAUGAAACCCUUGAGGAGAGAGGGCGCAAUGAAGGCUUGAGCAGUGGCACCCUUUCGAAAUCCUCCUCCUCAGGCAUGCAGAGCUGUGGCGAGGAAGAGGGCGAAGAAGGGGCCGAUGCUGUGCCACUCCCCCCUCCGAUGGCGAUCCAGCAGCACAGUCUGCUCCAGCCAGACUCACAAGAUGACAAGGCGUCUUCCCGACUGCUGGUGCGUCCCACCAGCUCAGAAACUCCCAGCGCAGCAGAGCUUGUCAGUGCAAUAGAGGAGCUUGUGAAGAGCAAAAUGGCUCUGGAGGAUCGUCCAAGUUCCCUGAUAGUAGACCAAGGUGACAGCAGCAGCCCCUCGUUCAAUCCUUCGGACAACUCUCUCCUCUCCUCCUCCUCACCCAUCGAUGAGAUGGAAGAACGGAAGUCAAGCUCUUUAAAAAGGCGACACUAUGUUCUACAGGAAUUGGUGGAGACAGAACGAGAUUAUGUGAGAGAUCUUGGCUGUGUAGUAGAGGGUUACGUGGCACUCAUGAAGGAAGACGGCGUUCCUGAUGACAUGAAAGGGAAAGAUAAAAUAGUGUUUGGCAACAUACAUCAAAUAUAUGACUGGCACAGGGAUUUCUUCUUGGGAGAAUUAGAGAAGUGCCUUGAUGAUCCGGAAAAAUUAGGAUCACUUUUUGUUAAGCAUGAGAGAAGAUUGCACAUGUACAUAGUUUACUGCCAAAACAAACCAAAGUCUGAGCAUAUUGUCUCAGAGUACAUUGAUACAUUUUUUGAGGACCUGAAACAGCGUUUGGGACAUCGACUUCAGCUCACAGACUUGUUAAUAAAACCAGUGCAGAGAAUUAUGAAGUACCAGCUGUUACUGAAGGACUUCCUCAAGUACUCCAAAAAAGCUAAUCGUGAUACUACAGAAUUAGAGAGGGCCGUAGAGGUAAUGUGCAUAGUACCAAAACGGUGCAACGACAUGAUGAAUGUUGGUCGUUUACAAGGAUUUGAUGGUAAAAUUGUUGCCCAGGGUAAACUGCUGCUGCAGGAUACAUUCAUGGUUACAGACCAAGACACGGGGCUCUUGCCACGAUGCAAAGAGAGGCGAGUCUUCCUAUUCGAGCAGAUUGUCAUUUUCAGUGAACCACUAGAUAAAAAGAAAGGCUUCUCAACUCCAGGGUUCUUAUUUAAAAACAGUAUCAAGGUGAGUUGCCUUUGCUUGGAGGAAAACGUAGACAAUGACCCAUGUAAAUUUGCACUAAUGUCAAGAGCAGGUGAUGCUAUGGAGACGUUUAUUUUACAUUCCACCAGUCCAGGAGUCCGCCAGAUGUGGAUCCAUGAAAUCAACCAAAUCUUGGAAAACCAGCGUAAUUUUCUAAAUGCCUUGACAUCACCAAUUGAGUACCAGAGGAACCACAGUGGUGCUGGUGGAAGCGGCAACAGCAGUGGCCCCGGCAGCUGCCCUGGAAUCCCCAGCUCCAGUCGUAGCCGGCCUUCCCGGAUCCCACAGCCAGUCCGACACCACUCCCCAGUCCUGGUCUCCUCUGCAGCCUCCGUUCAGGCAGAGGCAGACAAGAUGUCAGGUAUGUCCCUUCACAGUUCCUUCCUGCCUCCCCACUCCAGCACCCUAGAAGCUGGUCUUAGCCAGACAGGCAGACACCCACCAAAUGCACAGCAGAAUGGCCCCGAGAGGGGAGAGAAGAUCCCAAAGAUGAAGGCAAUUGAGAGCCCCCAGAAGACAUUAAGAGGUGCUUUUGGCUCAGCAGGCGCAGAUCAGAGGGAAUGCCGUGGAAAUUAUGAGGAGAUCCGCUCGAGGAGCAGCGUAGGAUCCUUGUCACUGGGGAAAUCAAGACCUGGAGCUGCCUCGCCAAUAAACUCUCCUGUGAUGACUUUCCCUUGUCCUUUUGGCAAAGAAAUAUUUCCACCCAGCAGCCCCCUGCAGAAGGGCUCCUUUUGGAGCUCGAUCCCAGCAUCCCCUGUCAGCCGCCCAGGUUCCUUCACUUUUCCCGGGGAUGGUGACUCCCUCCAACGCCAAGUUCACCGCCUCUCUUCACACAGCAAGGACACAGACCGUAUGAGCACAUGUUCCUCGACCAGCGAACAGUCAGUACACUCCACCCAGAGCAAUGGGAGUGAAAGUAGCAGCAGCAGCAACAUCUCCACCAUGCUGGUGACACACGAUUAUAUGGCAGUGAAGGAGGAUGAGAUUAAUGUCUACCAAGGAGAGGUCGUGCAAAUUCUAGCCAGCAACCAACAGAACAUGUUUCUGGUGUUCCGAGCCGCCACCGACCAGUGCCCUGCCGCCGAGGGCUGGAUCCCCGGCUAUAUCCUGGGGCACACCAGCGCAGUCGCCCUUGAGAACCCCGAUGGGACAAUGAAGAAGUCAUCCUCUUGGCAUACAGCGCUCCGUCUGAGGAAGAAAUCUGAGAAAAAGGAUAAAGAUGGCAAAAGGGAAGGCAAGUUAGAAAAUGGUUAUCGUAAGUCCCGCGAAGGCCUUGCCAACAAGGUUUCCGUGAAGCUUCUCAACCCCAACUACAUUUAUGAUGUUCCCCCAGAAUUUAUAAUACCAUUAAGUGAGAUAAGAUGCGAGGUAGGAGAGACUGUCAUCCUUCAGUGCAAAAUUUGUGGUCGUCCAAAAGCUUCCUUAACUUGGAAAGGUCCUGAUCAUAACACAUUGAGCAACGACAGUCACUACAGCCUCUCCUACAGUGAUGUAGGAGAAGCAUCUCUGAAAAUCCUUGGUGUGACCACAGAAGAUGAUGGUAUCUAUACCUGUGUAGCUGCAAAUGAUAUGGGUUCAGUGUCAUCUUCAGCCAGUCUUCGAGUUUUAGGUCCUGGAAGUGAUGGGAUCAUGGUCACCUGGAAGGACAACUUUGAUUCCCUGUACAGUGAAGUGGCUGAGCUUGGCAGGGGCAGGUUUUCUGUCAUCAAGCGAUGUGAUCAAAAGGGGACCAAGCAUGAAGUAGCCGCUAAGUUUGUGAACAAGAAGCUGAUGAAGCGUGACCAGGUCACCCACGAACUGGGAAUUAUGCAGAAUCUUCAGCACCCUCAGCUCGUGGGCCUUCUCGAUACAUUUGAGACUUCCAGCAGUUACAUCUUGGUGUUAGAGAUAGCCAACCAGGGGCGCCUUCUGGACUACAUUGUGCAGUGGGGAAACCUCACCGAAGGGAAGAUCAAGCUCUACUUGGGAGAGAUCCUGGAAGCUAUGCAGUAUCUUCACAACUGCAGAAUCGCACACUUGGACCUAAAGCCCGAAAACAUUCUGGUGGACAAGAGCUUAGCCAAAGCAACGAUCCGACUGGCUGACUUUGGGGACGCUGUCCAGCUCAAUACCACCUACCACAUCCACCAGUUACUUGGGAACCCAGAGUUUGCAGCUCCCGAAAUAAUCCUUGGAAAUCCUGUUUCCCUGACCUCAGAUAUGUGGAGUAUCGGAGUGCUCACAUAUGUCCUCCUCAGUGGUGUGUCUCCUUUCCUGGAUGAAAGUGUAGAGGAAACCUGCCUGAACAUUUGUCACUUAGAUUUUAGCUUCCCAGAUGACUACUUCAAAGGAGUGAGCCAGAAGGCCAAAGAUUUUGUAUGUUUCUUGCUGCAGGAUGACCCCUCCAAGCGUCCUGCGGCAGCGCUGGCCCUCCAGGAGCAAUGGCUGCAGCCCGGCAGUGCCAGAGGCGCUGACAGCAUUGACACGGCCCGGCUGACUUCGUUCAUUGAGCGGCGGAAACACCAGAAUGAUGUUCGACCCAUUUGUAGCAUUAAGAACUUCUUACAGAGCAGACUCUUGCCAAAAGUUUAAUCUAACUGCGACAUUCUCUCUCAUUCUCUUUCACUGGCCAAUCAAACUAAGGAUGAAGCUCUCCUGCCAAUCAGCUGUUGACUUGAAUUUGGGGUGAAGAAAAAAAAUAAAAAGCCAAUCAGUUGCUAGCAUAUUCAUCGUGUGGAAAUGCAUUCCAAGUAAAUCUACACACAGUAGUACUUGGGACUAGCAGUGCAAAACUACGUUGGGGUGGAGGACUAUAGUACUGUACUCUGCAACAGGCAAUGAAGAACUUUACACUUACGACUACAGUAUUUUAUUCAGGUUUCUACAAAAAAAUCCUUUUUUAAAAAUGUCAAACAAUCAAAAUUUUGCAAAUGAUCUUUAACUAGCAUUUUCACUAUUUUAGACAAAGGAAAUGCGCCUCUGUUCCAAGCACUGGUAUUAAAAGGCAAAAGACAAACAGCCUCUGCUGCUUAGAGAAGACUGAGCAAACGAGCUGCCCACCCAGAUGGAGUCCAUUUUGACCCAUCUGAUUUUUUCCCACUCGGACAUACAGCUUACCAGUUGCCUCACCUAUGUGUAUUCAGCAUAGCAAUGCACUGAGAUCAGACUUUGCUUCUAAGUUCAUCCAACCUCAAGAUUUUUGCAUACAAAUAGAAUGAACCAUUUUGCUCUGAUAAAAUGUAGGCCUUACUUGUAAAUAUACUGUUUACCUGCCUUCAGUCUAUGUCUCUUUGAUUUUUGCCCCUCCUCUUUUCUCCCGUCUCCCUAAAUGGUGGUAUACCACAGUGCGGGUCUUCAGUUAUGGUCAGCCUUGACUUGACCUAUCAGAAAAGGACUCACAGGUUGGAUGUCUGACAGGCCAACCUCCACUGUCAAGCAGAAUACAGCAGGAAGAACAUACUGUCAAUGCACUCACUUUUUUUUAAAUUUCAUAUCAUGUGCAAUGUUGUGGCUUUAACAUUUUAUGCAACUAUUUAUGAGGACCUCUGUUGUAAGUGUAAUAAACAGGUAGAAAAAAGCACACUCCUAGUAUGGCGAGCUUUAUGACUUUGUGUUUGGCAUCUCCAGGGCUGGGGGGUGGGGGAGGGUUCAGGUUUUAUCUCGGGGUCAUUAACUAGUUGCAUUGGGGGCUUUGCUUGGAACUUUAUUCAAAACUAGAGUUGGUUUUAAAGGGAUUGUAAAAUGAGUUUCAUUUCCUGAAAUGCAAACUGAAUAAGAAAAAUGGGGUGAUGUUUUUACAGAAGUUUGUUCGAUUGUUAUUGUUGUUCAAAAUGCCAAAGUAUUAUUUUUCCCACAAAAUCAAUCUCUACCUUUUUAGAUUUUUCAGACUUGUAUAUUUCUUUCUGUACAAUAACUGAAUGAAUUUUGUGCUCUUUGGAGAAGUACAGACAAGCCGUUACAGUCUGAACCUGAUAAAUGGCAGCUGUCUGUUUUUGAAAAUGGUUUUUAAGAUUAAGGCAAUGUGUGGAAUAUUUAGACACUGAUCGCUUUCCAUGUGUCAGUGAGUGGACAUGGGUGUUCAGUCAUCCAUUUGUGUGUGUGUGUGCGUGCUCAUGCGUGCAUGCGGGUGUAAGUAAUGCCUGUUGAAACUAAGCUCGCAUCUGAUACAAAGUAGAUGUAGCCAUAAGUCUUAAGAUGUACAUUCACUUGGGUUUUAAUUUUAAUGUUGCAGGUUCUGUUGCAAUCUAUUUAUUGCUGUGUUUUGUUUUUGUUUUUCAUUUUCUUUUUUGUAAAGUUGUACAGAAACUUUUAAAAAAGAAUUAAACUCAAAACUGGAUGGAUGCAUAUUCAAACCAACCAUAACGUUUUGGCUUAUAAAUUUUUAUUUUGUUUUGUAUUUUAGUUAAAGUUUUGCUUUAUUUUGCAUGUAUAUUUCUUUGUAUAUUGAUGUUGCGCCUUUACACAGUAUGAUGUGAUGUAAAUAUUUUAUUUUGCCAUCAGUUAUUUUUUAAAAAAUUAAACAUAUUUAACAACUGUG